GACCGCCCCGCUUCCCGGCACCGACAGACGGUCAUGAGACUGCGAGGCCCGCCGCCAGCUGGCCGGAGAAAGCAUCUUUGAUGUGUGACGCACCGGGGAGACGCCUGCACCAAGCCGAGUCUCUCUCACACACACAGAAAUACUGGAGGAAAUAUAAAAACACUGUCCCAUUCCACUGCAAUGUGGGGUUAUUUAUAACAUACUGUUUGUUCUGCUGGGAAACACACCGAGUUUUGAAAUUCCGAGUUUCAUGACAAGGAAAAUUGGCGCCUUAUGGCGAUAAAAAUAAGUCCCAUAGGCAUUAAAACUCCUACAAUGACUUGUGAUGCAGCUUUGAAAAAAACAAAAGACACCAAAGUGGUUGGCUGUUUGUUCUUUGAGUGUGGGAGCUGGAUUUUUCAUUGUAUUCAGUCAGAGUUUGUAUGAAAAGGUGUUUUAAUCCCUGUUAUCAUCUGAGCUACUGAGGUUGCUUUGAGGAUCAGCUCAGUGAGCAGGUGUAGGAGCAGGUGGAUGUAUCAGGUGCAUCUUCAGACGAGCUCAAAUUUACGCAGGCUUUAGGACCCCGGGAUGAGCUGGAUGAGAGGCAAAGUCUGCGCACCUCCACCCUGACAAGAAGUUGAGGGGUUUGUCUUCUUGAACCUGCCUUGUCUGUCACUCGUGUCUCAGGUCUGGUGCUCCAUGGAUGCAGCGCUACACUCCACAACACUGACAGGCGAGUUAUUUAUUUUUCUGCUGUUUGGAUAAUACCCGUAGAGCCUCGUCACUUUGCUGAAAUGUAACUUCAAAGUUGAGUAAAAGCGCAAAAAUGGGGAAGUCAAGACAGCACCGGGCCAACUUCGUAUCCCCCUCUCCUCUGCGCUCUUCAUCAUGAGGCUGUGGGGCAGAGCUACAGCUCUCCGGAGGAAGGUGCUCUGCCUCUGGCUGCUGCUCCUCGGCUUCGCCCUGGUUGUUCUGGCGCUCUCGGACCUCUUCAACCGGGACCGGGGCCGCAGUUAUCAGAAACCUGGACUCCCCCUCCACCCCCUCCAUCGGAUUCCCGAUUCACCGGAUCUGGAGGUCAUAGUGGACUCGCGUGACCCUGCGUUAGAGCUCGCUGUCGAUCUCGCCCCGCUAAAAUCUCUGCAAGAAGACCAGCUUUUAUUCGUGCCAUCGACGCAGGGCACCAAGAACCCGCCGCAGCAGAAAAAGGGGAGCUACAAGGUGCUCCUACCCGGAGCAAAUAAGGAUACCCACGCCCCCGCGCCUCCGACGCACGGUGAAAUGGGGAAAGCGGUACAGCUACAUCUGGAGGGCACGGAGAGGGACAUGGAGCUCUCUGCGCUGGAGAAGUACGGUUUCAACGAGGUGGUUAGCGAGAGGAUUUCACUGCAUCGCCUGCUGCCCGAGGCGCGCCAUCCUGAGUGUUUGGGGGAGCAGUACAGCGAGUCGCUGCCGUCGGCCAGUGUUGUUAUUUGUUUCCAUGACGAGGCUUGGUCCACGCUCCUGCGCACCGUGCACAGCGUGUUGGACAAUGCACCCAGGCAGUAUCUGCAGGAGGUUCUGCUAGUGGACGACCUGAGCCAGCACGGACACCUGAAGAGUGUGCUAAGUGAGUAUGUGUCUCAUCUGGACGGGGUGCGUUUGAUUCGCAGCACCAAGCGCCUGGGGGUUGGAGGAUGCCGUAGUCUGGGUGCUGCCAGAGCUGCAGGGGAGGUGCUGGUGUUCAUGGACUCCCAUUGUGAAUGUCAGAAGGGCUGGCUGGAACCACUGCUGGAGAGAGUGGCCCAGGACAGGACCAGAGUGGUGUCCCCCAUCAUGGAUGUGAUAGACUGGCAGACCUUCCAGUACAAUGCCACCCAGUGGCCGGUCAGGGGAGUCUUUGACUGGAGGCUUGACUUCUUGUGGGAAUCUAACCCUCAGCUGCAAGAUAAGGACCCAGAUUCAGCUGUUCGACCUCUGCAGAGCCCAGCAUUAGGAGGCGGAGUUGUGGCCAUUGACAGACAUUUCUUCCAGAGUGUGGGAGCCUACGACCCGGGGAUGCUGCUGUGGGGAGUGGAACAAAUUGAGCUGUCAAUCAGGGUGUGGUCAUGCGGGGGCUCCAUGGAGGUGGUUCCCUGCUCCCGUGUGGCCCACCUGGACCACCACCACCUGCCUUACCGCUUCCCAGACCAGGAGUUGCUUCAGAGGAACAAGAUCCGGAUUGCAGACACCUGGAUGGACGCAUACAGGAAGAUCUUCUAUAGGAGGGACACACUUGCUCAUUUCAUCAGGCAGUCUGAGAGCCCGAACAUCACAGAGCGUCUGCGGCUUAAGAGGAGUCUGGGCUGUCGGAACUUCCACUGGUACCUGAGCACAGUUUAUCCACAACUUUACAUCCCCCAGGACAGACCUGCACUGUCAGGCGAGCUGUACAAUGUCGGCACCGGCAGCUGUGCGGACUACCCCCGAGGGCAGGGACUACAGGGUGGGGUCAUGAACGUAGCGCCCUGCAGUGGAACGGGCAGCCAGCACUGCGAUCUAAACUCUGACUUUGAGGUGCGAUGGGGUCCCAUGGGGGCUUUGUGUUUGGACGUCAAGGGAGAGAGGGUGGUCUUGUCUCUGUGCCCUACACGCCGACCAACCGCCAGCAGACUCCAGUGGAAGUUCGUAAAGCUGAGCGGUCAACUCGUUCACCAGCUUUCCCAGUUGUGUCUGGAGGUCGUAAAGGAAGGAGGGGUCCCACAAAGCAGCCCAAAAGAAGUCAACACCCAAAGCAAGACAGGAGGUCUCUUUCUGCGGCCCUGCACCCAUCAUCCCAGACAACAGUGGCACUUUGAGCAACUAGUAGCUCCUAAAGGUGCCUGACACAGACAGCACAAAGGGAUUAGUGGAAUUGCAAGAUGUGAAUUCUAGACAAAUAUGUGUUAUAUAUAGUGGCAGACACAGUAGUGACACUUUCUUUGCUCCACUUUGCCACUCUGCUUUUUUGUUCCUGUUUUAAGGAUUGCAAAUACAAUUGAUUGUGUUAAAUAAUAGACAACAGAAUAUAUAGGAUAAUAGAAUACAUGAUAUGAUUGAUGAAACAAAGUCUUUAUUUAAAACUGUUUUUGUUAGAAAUAUUGUAUUUAUGUACAUUUAAUCAAAGUGUGAAAAAUGUGAAAAGGAUAUUAAAUUAUCUUUUACUUCAGUAAAUGCUUUCGUAAUUCAUGUGUAAAUGUGUUUGUGUAAAUUUAUGAAAGUAUUCACCAGACAGAAUCACAAUAUAAACCGUUACAUCUCUAUGAAGUGAUCACAGGUUGGA